CACACACACACGCUCGCACUCGAGUUCACUCUCAACUUUAAACUUUUCCAGUGUUCCUGCUGUUCGCAUCAACAACACUGAGGCUUCGGGACAGCGCGUGCGGAUUCUACACUUAUAGUGUCUAGAUUUCUCGACAUGGAUCUGUGGAAAUUUAAUCUGAGUCCAACAGGUCUGUGAAGUUUUAAUUCAUUUAGGAACAUGGAAACGAGUGUUUAGAAAAGGCUCUCUCCUGACAGUGUUUUCAAUCGCUCCCGCAAAGCUCUUGUUUUAUCUGGAUAAUAUUUCCCCCCCCUUCGGACCUCAUGGGAAACGUUUCCAGGCGUUCACGGUGGGAUUGUGAUGCGUGUUUGAUCAGAGUGGAAUAACUGAGACUGUUGCAUUGCUGGAUGCGGUGAUUCUGCUACAACCUGCUACAUUCUGGAAUGUUUGGAAUCCUUUGAAGUGGACGCGGCGCACCGCACACUAAUGGAGCCAUCAUGACGUCAUGUUCUCAAUCACGGCGCGCGGGAAUCCACGGGGGAAUCUGUUAUAUUAUUGAUCCGACCUUUAGGAGAUCAUAUUAAACUCUUUUCGUCGUUCAAAUCAAUGCUCGCGCCAGGAGUCUGUCAGCUGUCAAUCACCCUGUCACUCUGUCUACCAUGUUCUGUCAGUGAUACGGGCCAGUCCCCCAUUAAAGUUCCAUUGAAUUGCUUGUAAUAGUCUUUCAUUUCAAAUCUCAACCCUGCAGAGCUUAUAAAACUAUCCACUCUAAAAGCCACUGGGUUUUUGGACAGUUCCAGUGACUUCUAAGGAUUCUCCUGUCUUUUAUCUGAGCUCUGAUUGGACGGAUAGCGCAUAAUGUAUGGCCGGGGCCCGCCGCUGCAGCCAGGACAAUGAGGGUUCCUGUGCGGCAAUUGGCCGGGCUCUGGCCGUGGCUGCUCAUGGCUGCCUCGCAGGUGGCGUUGGGCCACACGGGCCUGGAACUAGCCGCUGCUGUGGAGUCCGAACGCUCCGCACCCCGAGCCAUGAUCAAGGUGUCGCUGCUGAAGCAGGAGCCCACCAGCAGGCCCAUCACCCUAGAAGGGGUGUUCGCUGGGGGAAGCGCAGGCUAUGCUGAAGGGAAACUGAUGCAGUCUCACCCGCUGUCUCUGUGUAACACCAGCGAAGAUGACCGUCAGGAGACCAUCUUCAUCAGCAUCGUCAAACUCGAGAGUCCAGAGAGCAAAGUGCCGCAGUGCCAGCCGCUGCUGGAUAAAGCUCGUCUGGCUCUUCAGAGAGGCGCUCAGGCUGUCAUCUUUGACAUCACAGAUAAUCCCGGUGCUGCUCAGGAGCUGCGUGAUUCAGGUUUGUUGCCUCGUCCAGUGGUGCUGGUGAAGUCAUCAGAUGCAGAAGAACUGAUGGGACUCGUCAAUAAAAACGAAGAAGCCAUGGUGUUCAUAGACAUCAUGAUGGAGACUCAAAAAUGGCCGCACUAUGAUGUUGGCAUCCUGUUGACUGUGGCUCUGGUUGUGUUGGCCAUCAUCAUGAUCUUUGCUCUACGCUUCCGCUGCAGGUCCAACAGAGCCUGGGACUCUGUGCACCAGCAGACCAUGCGUGCCAUCAGCAGGUUGGAAACGCACACAUACAGCUCUCAGGGUUGCUCUGGCUCCCAGCAUUCUCGUGGGGCUCCAGAGUCAAACAGCAGCUCAAAUUCCAGCCCAAUCUGUGCCAUCUGUCUUGAGGAAUUCAUGGAUGGCCAGGAAUUGAGAAUCAUCUCCUGUGCUCAUGAGUUCCAUAAGGAGUGUGUCGACCCCUGGCUCCUACAACACCGUACCUGCCCACUGUGCAUGCACAACAUCAUGGGUAAACAGCCUCAGGGUUCAGAUCUGGCAUCCCGUCAGCCCCAAAGAAGUCGAAUGCCACCCCCUCCACCUGAGCACAGUCAAGCCUUCCUCCUUCCCCAUCACUAUUCGAACCAACACCCUUAUCCCCAGCACCAUGUUCCCUUUUCCCUGCAGCAUCAUUACCCCCGUAACCCCUCUGGACAUUUACCCCAAUUGGGCCACUAUGGCAACUCUCCCCCUCUUAAUCCACGGACUCUCCGUUGCUUUCCCAGCAGACCAUUGGGUGCUAGCUGUGCGUACCACUUGGCUCCGGAUGCCCAUCAUGGACGUCCGCACAGGACAGGCGGGCACGGGUGUCGGACCGGGGGGCAUCACUAUGCAGCCCCCAGAAGGUCGUGUCACCGGUGUCCCGGAGGACCUUUGCGGAUGCAUCAUGUGGUAUCGUCCGCAAACCAUGCAACUCAUCAUCACCUGCCACGUGGAGGAGGCUCGCACAGUCGCCAAGAUGACGGCAGCUGCUCUGGAGGGAGUUACCAUACGGAGCGUAGCGGUUACCUUGCAGACGGACCGGCCAGUGAUUCCAGCUCGGGAUCGUGCCACGGCUCGUCCAGCGACUCUGUAUUGAACUGUACGGACAUCAGCCUGCAGGGUGUCUAUGGCAGCUGGUCCACUUUUCGUAGCUCGCUCAGCAGCGAUUACGACCCGUUUGUCUACUGCGGACCGGGCAAAGCUCCACGCAGAGGGAGCAUGGAGGCCACGCAAAGGCCUCGUUCCCUGGACUCGGUAGUGAACCGAACCGGGGGUGGAAGCGGCGGUGAUGCCGGUGCCAUUUGCCCGGAAGAACAGCAGCAACAGGUGGCUGUGUUCAGUCACGUUCACUAUCACAGGCAUAGACACCACUAUUACGAGGAUGGGGAACUCAGUCAAGGGCCCGGCCGAGGCUCUGACGAGGAUCAAGGGGCCACGUCCUCAGCCGCGGCAGCAAGCGGGCCUUGUCUCGUAACUAAAGACAAAGACUCCUCCGGGUGUCAGGUACAGCACCAGUCUUGCCACUGCCCCAAAACAGACCUCAGUUCAAGGAGGGUUGAGGAUAGAGACCCAGACCCUGUUUCCUCCUCAGGUGCCUCCGUGAUCCUUCCCUCUCCUCCUUUAACCUCUCCGUCCCCACCCUGUUGCCACAAAGGCCCAGGGUGGACGACCGGUCGGAAAGCAUCUGGCUGUCCAUUGGAAGUGCCUUCGCCGGUUGUUCACUUCCAUCAAAGCUUGGACCUUCAGGAUGAUUGUAGCAUUCAUAUCCACUACGGACAGGGAGCGGGAAGCUACUGCUGCACACCUCCACCAGACAUGGCCCCCACGCUACUGCCAGUGCCCCUGAUCUUGGACUCGACGGGUAUGACCGACUGGCCGUGCUGUAGUGGGGCACAUGUGGUGUGGCAGAAGCAGGUGCAGCAGGCCCAUUCAGAGCCUCAGCUCCUGGGACCCACUUCUGGAAUGGACAGACCCCUGUGUAGGGCCCAUCAUGGCCCAGGGGACGAACUUCCCAUGGACAUCUGUCUGUACUGCCAAACUCUACACAAUAGUCAGGGGUCAGAGGAAGAGUCUGGUGUUUGAGAAAACUCUUCGUCCAAAACUCCUCUCGCUGCUACACAAGAGCCGAAAUGGACAAAACUCUUCGGCGAUCUCUCGCUGUCUCUUUCACCUCACAUGUUGAGUCUUCCGGAUAAUUCCAAACAUCUUCUGCAAUAUCAAACUGAAUUACUCAGAUUCUCCAGACCUCAGAUUUCAUUCUCACAAAGAAUUCAGCAGUCACUGACGAUUAGAUGGGUUUUCCAAAGUACUCUUCAGUAGUGAUGCUCUGUUACUAGCACCUUUCUAAUGUCCAGAACAAGUCAUUCUUGGUACUUUACCCAAUACGGUCCAAAUGCGACUUUUCAUAGACAAACAAGUGGUAUUAAUUCAGGCAGUUAUCAAAGGAUCUGGAAGAUGCGCAUGAGAUUGAGUAUGGUUUCUUCCUUUCCUUUGGUUUAAAACAGGAUUCGAUUAGUAUCUUCUCUUGUAAACAAGUCUGAGAACUCCUUGGUGAUCUUCAUGAAAGAUAUAAACAUGUCUUUCCGUAUUCCAUUCAGAUUUAGACUUGGCGUAUGUACUUUAUGCAAGUAUGUAGACGCUUCUAUGAUAUCUACACAAGCUUGGUUGUCGUGUUCUGAAAUGUGUCAGAACUGAUUCAUAAUGCUUGUCUUGUUCUACAGUCAUUUUUCUCUUUCAGGUUAACUACUAUCAUGGCGGAAUUCUGUUUACAACAGCUACCUGAUUAAUAACAUAAUAUGAAGGUAUCAUUAUACCUUGAAGACUGAGAUACGAAGCAUGUACAACGAAACCAAGAGCUUGCAAUGCAUCGGCUGUGCACUUACUUCUGUGUUUGCGUACUUGCAUAAAGUAUGUUUCAUUAGUUCACUGAGCCUACUGGCUAAUUUUUAACUAUCUAGUCAUUGCGGUGCUACCCGCCUCUUCCAUUUAAUUUCUAGCUUUUUAACUAUGUGUUGGGCUACGUUCAAGCAUCUGGCCUGGGUUUCCAGCACUACCUCAGAUAACCAAUCAGAAAGUCCUGUUAGCGAGACAGUACUUCAAAGGUACUUGUGCGUUAGCCUCUCGUUACCUCUGACAGAUAUUAACUCAGAGGAGCGAUAGGGAGCUUUACUUUAUAUCAUCUGUCCUUGGAAAGGAGCAUUUCAUUGAGGUUUCAGGUUUUGUUAAUUCAGAAAUGGCAGCUGUUAUUUACAAAUGUUUGUGUCUUCAUUUAUUAAUUUUGCUCAUCAAAACUGAAUGAAUUGACUGAAUAUAUUUAGGGAAAGUUGUGAAGAUUUUUUUGUUUUGUUUUGUUUCAUUAUUUUGGUCUGUUAAGCCUAUAAUGUGUUUGGGCUGAGAAGGACUACAUUUCCCAGAAUGCUUUGCUUUCACCUCUGUGACUCUCAUGUUCCCUUAAAGGGAUGCGACAUUUCAUAGAAACCAACCAGCAUACAAGCUUAUCAAAAGUGCCUCUGUAAUCCAUGAAAUGAACACUUCAUGAAGUUUAUACAUAAAUUUAUGUAGCCUGCUGUCAUGUUCCUGGCAAUACCAGCUGACACACAAAACUUGAGUUGGCUCGAUGCGUAUUGCCUGCAAGCAUAGUUAUACUGUUACCCAGAAAUGUCUGUUGUCGUUUAUUGUAAAAUCCAACCUUUAAAGGAAUGGUCUGGGUUCAAAACAAGCUAAAACAAGUGACAUGCUGGAAGUAAACCCUUCCUUCAGUUUGUAAAAAUAUCUGAUGCAGUUCUGAACCUGUACCAUUCCUUUAAGUAUAGAAAAGGAAACACUGGAAAUCUUGCCAUGACAAACACCUGAAUGUUUUUUGUUUUUUGUCAGUAAAUGGUCAAACUGGUCCAAAAUGGUCUUUAUCCUUUGAACCACAAACAUCUCCCAUGAGUCUUUUUGGCUUCAUACCGUCACAUGCUGAUUUUCAUCUAAAUGAGGCUGAAUCCCAAAUGAAAAUAUAUGCAAGACAAAAUAUAGUAAAUCCCAGUGUAGGGUUUCCUCAUACAGGGUUCCCACACCUUAAGACCAAUGACUUUUCCAGUUGUUUUUGAUUAUCGUAAAGAUUUUUAAAGUCAUUUUAUAAAGAUUACACUCAGAAAGAGAAACUUUCAGUCUAUUAAAGAUUUUAAAGCCGUGCAUAAUAGCAAGAAAUUAUGUCUGUAUUGUUCAUACGCUCUCUUUU